AUGAAGUCUUUUUCUCUUUUCUCAACUAUACUUUUCUACAUUCAUCUGCUUUGUCUGUUUACCUUAUGUUUAAUGUGCUUUGGUCCAAACAAAGUUGCGGCAGUGACGAUACUAGGAAACCAAACAGAUCAUUUUGCAUUGCUUAAAUUCAAAGAAUCAAUAUCCGUUGAUCCAUAUAGAACUCUAAAAUCUUGGAAUUCUUCCAUCCACUUCUGCAAGUGGUUUGGAAUCACAUGCAACCCCAUGCAUCAAAGAGUUAUAGAGUUGACCUUAGAUGGAUCUGAAUUACAUGGAUCUUUAUCUCCCUAUGUAGGCAAUCUCACUUUUCUGAAAAUUCUCUACCUCAGAAACAACAGCUUCUUUGGAGAAAUUCCACAGGAAUUGGGUCAGUUGCUACACUUGCAACAACUGUUUCUCACCAAUAAUUCAUUUGCAGGAGGAAUCGAUUCAUUCAUAGGAAAUCUUUCAAGUUUAAUGCGUUUUACGUGUGCUUCUAACAACAUACAAGGAGAUAUUCCACAAGAAAUAUGUCUACUCAAAAACCUGUCAAUCUUACUUUUGGAGAAUAACUUGCAUGGCACUCUUCCACUCAACACUUUCAACAACCUCCCCAAUCUUCAAAAAUUUGAAAUUGGAGGAAAUCAUUUUUCAGGUCCAAUCACUUCCAUGAUGAACGCAUCAGCCAUUGCGUUGUUUGAUAUAAGUGGAAAUCAUUUUGCGGGACAAGUUCCAAGUCUAGGAAGCCUAAAAUAUUUACAAUAUCUGAACUUGGAAGACAACAAUUUAGGUAAUAAUUCAACUGAGGACUUGGAGUUUUUAAAAUCUUUGACAAACUGUAGAAUUUUGUAUGGGGUUUCUAUUGCCACAAACAAUUUUGGAGGCAUUUUACCAAAUACUAUAGGAAAUUUAUCCACUGAACUUAAACUACUAUUUCUUGGGAAUAAUAUGAUAUCAGGACAAAUUCCUUCUGAGUUAGGAUGUCUAGUUGGCUUAAUUCUCUUGAGCAUGGGGGGUAACCAAUUUGAAGGAAAUAUUCCAGCUACUUUCGGGAUGUUCCAAAAGAUGCAAGUGUUAGUUUUGAAUGAGAACAAGUUGUCAGGAGAUAUACCACACUUUAUAAGUAAUCUUAGUCAAUUGUAUCAUUUGGAACUACAUCAUAAUAUAUUUGGAGGAAAUAUUCCUCCAAGCAUAGGAAGCUGUCAAAAGCUACAAUAUCUUGAUCUUUCGCAGAAUAAGCUUAAAGGAACCAUUCCUUUAGAGGUUUUUAAUCUUUUAUCUUUAACAAAUUUAUUGGACUUGUCACAUAACUCUUUGAGUGGUAGCUUACCAGGAGAAGUGGGUAUGUUAAAAAAUAUUGAUAAGCUAGAUGUCUCUAAUAACCAUUUGUCAGGGGAUAUUCCAAUAUCUAUUGGUGAGUGCGUAAGUUUAGAAUACCUUCUUUUGCAAGGUAACUCCUUCAAUGGAACAAUACCAUCCUCUUUGGCUUUUCUCAAAGGUCUUCUAUAUUUAGACCUUUCAAAAAAUCGAUUGUCUGGAUCAAUUCCUGAUGUUAUACAGAAUAUCUCAGGUUUAAAACACUUGAAUAUUUCUUUUAACAUGCUGGAAGGUAAGGUACCAACAAACGGUGUCUUUGGAAAUGCAUCCCAAGUAGCAAUGAUUGGAAACAAUAAGCUUUGUGGAGGUAUUUUACAGAUGCGUCUACCACCAUGCUCCAUCAAGGAUAUGAAACACACAAGACACCAUAAAAUUAUGUUGGUAGUCGUUGGUGUGCUUUCUUUUCUUCUCAUAUUUUCUAUUUUUCUAACUAUCUAUUGGAUGAGAAAAAGAAAUCAAGAACGAUCUUUUGAUUCACCAACAAUUGAUCAACUAGAUAAGGUUUCAUAUCGAGACUUACAUCGAGGAACCGGUGGAUUCUCGAUUACAAACUUGAUUGGAUCAGGAAGUUUUGGUUCUGUGUACAAAGGAAAUCUUGUGUCAGAAGACAAUUUUGUUGCGAUAAAGGUCCUAAAUCUCCAAAAGAAGGGGGCUCACAAGAGUUUUAUUCUUGAAUGCAAUGCACUCAAAAAUAUUAGACACCGAAAUUUAGUUAAGAUUAUAACAUGCUGUUCUAGUUCAGAUUAUAAAGGUCAAGAAUUCAAAGCUCUAGUUUUUGAUUACAUGAAAAACGGAAGCUUAGAAGAAUGGUUGCAUCCUGAGAUUUUAAAUGCAGAGAAUCAAGCAACAUUGGACCUCACUCACAGAGUAAACAUCAUUACUGAUGUUGCUUUGGCAUUGCAUUAUCUUCAUCAAGAGUGUGAACAAUUGAUCAUUCAUUGUGAUCUAAAGCCAAGUAAUGUACUUCUUGAUGAUGACAUGGUUGCUCAUGUGAGUGAUUUUGGCAUAGCAAGACUUGUCUCAGUCAUUGAAGGUACUUCUCAUAAGGAAACCAGUACAAUUGGAAUAAAAGGGACUAUUGGCUAUGCUCCUCCAGAGUAUGGAAUGGGGUGUGAAGUGUCUGCAUGUGGUGACAUGUAUAGCUUUGGAAUCUUGAUGUUGGAAAUGUUCACGGGUAGAAGACCCACAAAUGAAGUUUUUGAAAAUGGCCAAAAUCUACAUAACUAUGUCGCAACUUCAUUCCCUGAUAAAGUUUUAAAGAUUUUGGACCCACGCCUUGUAUCAAGAGUUGUAACAGAAAAAAUACAAGAUGAAAAUUGUGAGAUUCUUAUUCCAAAUGUUGAGGAGUGCUUAAUUUCACUUUUGAGAAUUGGACUUUUGUGUUCCAUGGAAUCACCGAGAGAAAGAAUGAACAUUGUGGAAGUCACCAGAGAGCUUAGCAUAAUCAAAAAUACUUCUCUCGCUGGUGUUCGCACUUAUAAUUAG